AUGGCCAAGUCCACUACAACCAUGCUUCCAACUUUGCUUAUCCUUGCUUCCUUGGCUCUACCAUCAUCUUCUUCUUUAGCCGCUCUUUCCACCACCCUCCACUACCACAAUGGCUCCCUCCUCAGCUCACCCAUCAACAUCUAUAUCAUAUGGUAUGGCUCAUUCACCGCCGCCCACCGAGCCGCCAUCUCCGACUUCUUCGCCUCCUUUCGGUCUUCGCCUUCGCCGCAACCCACUGUGUCAAAAUGGUGGUCAACCGUGCAACAGUACAAAGACUACACCGGGAAGCCUGCGUCAGCAACCGUCGAGGUCGCCGCCCAGACAUCCGACCGGGCUUACUCCCUGGGACGAUCUCUCACCCAUUCCAACUUAGCCGACCUGGUGAGAAGCUCCGUGGCGAAAGGCUCGUUGCCCCUCGACGCCACCGGCGUCUAUAUGGUCCUGACGUCCUCCGACGUGACCGUCGGUCAGUUCUGCACGAGCUCAUGCGGCUUCCACAGCACGGUUCUGAUGCCGACCGGGAAACGGGUGGUCAUGGCCCACGUCGGCGACCCGGGGACGCAGUGCCCCGGCCUCUGCGCAUGGCCGUACGCUGCCCCGGCAUACGGGCCGCCGAGGCCGCCACUGGUGGCGCCGAACGGGGUCGGCGUGGACGGGACCAUUAUCAACAUCGCCACGGUGAUUGCGGGGGCCGUCACGAACCCGUUCCGCGAUGGCUACUACCAGGGCGACCGGCUUGCGCCGCUGGAGGCCGCCACCGCCUGCGCCGGAAUAUUCGGGGAGGGUGCCUAUCCGGGGAAUCCCGGAAACCUGUUGAUCAAUGACAAGAGCGAAGCCAGCUUUAACGCUUUCGGCGCCGGUGGCCGGAGGUUUCUCCUACCGGCCAUUUGGGAGCCGAUCAGUGGAAAGUGCAAGGUUGUCGCUUGA